AUGACCCAAAUCGAGACUUCGCCGAUGACGAAUUCGCGAAAUCCUCAAAAUUAGGGCUCGUGGGAGCAUCGAUGCGCGGAAAAAGGUAGCAUUUUUAUCCAUUUUUUCGAUCCAUCUUCACUGAAUUACGAUGUUGAAGCGGCCAAGAUCCUAUGGGGAGGAUCUGGAUCCGGAUUCCGACCGGCCGUCGUCGCACCGGCGAGUCCAUUCGAAGCCGGAGGGUGGUCGCAAGGGAUCCUCGUCGUCUUCGCAUGAUCGAUCGCUUGAUGACGAGCGGGAGGGGUCGCGGUCCUCUCGGAAGAGGUUUGAUGAGAAGUCUGAGGGGUUUUAUCGGAGGAAGAGCUCCUUUGAUCGGUAUGGAGAUCGUUCGAUCCCAUUGUCACAGUCGCCGCGAGGUAUGUAUGGUGGGGAGCGGCUUCGUCGGUCUGAGAGUGUGUCGUUGUCACGGAGGGAUGGGGGUUCGUCGUGGCGGAGGUCGAGUAGUUGGAAGGAAGGUGGUUCGUCCUCGGCGAUGGCGGGCGAUUCAGUGGGAAGAGGAGGAGGCCACCAUGGUAUUAGCUCAGAUGAGCGGGGACCAGUGAGGGGUAAGGAUUCGCCAAGUGGGGAGCAGUCGAGGAGCGAGGGGACCCCAAAGGCGGUGUCUUCUCGGAAGGAGAGCACUAGCAGCAGCGAAAUGGAGGAAGGGGAGAUUGAGCCGGAGGAUUCGGAGGGUUGUAAAGAGAAAGGAGCUGAUAGUACCACUGUGUCUGAUUCUUCCAGCUCUGAAAUUAAAGCUGAAGGAGGUGCAUGUGAGGCCGAGGAGGAAGUGAAAUCAUCGGAAAUGGGAUUGGAUGGAGUUACCGCGGAUGAUAAUCUUCACAGUUUCCAGAAUGAGUCCAUUAAUGGGAUGAAUGAACCUUCAGAGCAAGGUUUGUUAGAGGGAAGUGGUGAAAGAAAUGUAGAAGCUGAUGAAUGCAGGGGAAAGAGCGAAAUCCAAGAACAGGAAGUAAAAGAAGCCGAGGAGGUUCCAGUUGUGCAGGAGAAAGUCCAAGGUAUUGCCUUGACUGUUUCUCGGCAUGCAGGGGAUGAAUCAGAUGAGAAAGCAGGUGAAGGUCUAGGUUUGGAAGUUGAAAUUGAGGGUAAAAUGAAGGAAACUUCAGCUAUAGAACACGAGGGUGAGACUAGGGAACCGAAUGGCAUUGAUCUUGAGAGGGCUCCAGAAGGCGAUAUGGAGUUAUUUGAUUUGGAGAAGGAAGCAACUCUAGAGCUUAUGCCUGUCAAUCCAAAGGAGAAACAGAAGGACAAGGGUAAGAACCCGGCUGUUUCUCUCUCAAGCACGGUGAACACUGUAAUAGAUGAUGAUCCCAUGGAAGGACCAAGUGGCAGGGGGUUCGAGUUGGUUUUCCCCUCUGAUGGGCGCAGACCUGAUGGAUCAAACUCUGGCGCUGUUGUUAUAGGCAGGAAAAAUGAUGAGAAGCCAAACUUGGAGCUACUUGAUCUUUCCCUUGGUUUGUCGAAUGUUUUACCAGACAGUGCAUUGACACGGCCACGGCCUAGUUCUCCAAGCCAUGCCAGGAGCAUCCAUUCAUUGCCAUCUUCAUUCCAUACAAUGUCAGAUGGAUUCACUGCUUCGGUCUCCUUCUCAGGUUCUCAAACAUUUACCCACAACCCUAGCUGCUCUCUGAAUCAGAACUCUUUAGAGAAUUAUGAACAUUCAGUAGGUAGCCGACCUUUAUUUCAGCCAGUUGAUCAGGUUCCUGAUGGUACUGUCUGGCAUGGUCAGUCUUCAACUGAUACUAAACGAAAGGGAGGAGCUGGUGCAUUAUUUCAUAGAGCAUUACUGAAUGGUAAUGUUGCCCAUUCUUCACCUCAUACUGUGGCUGGUAUGCAUAAUCUUAAUCUUGAUGGUCUUGCUCGACAAUCAAGUCUUCCAAGACAGAUAUCCCCAAGCCAGAGUCUUGGCUCUCGUGAUACUAGGUCAGAGCACAGCAAGGAUAGGAGGCUUCUUUCAAGACAGAGAAGCAGCAGUUCUCUUUUUAGGAGUGACCAAAAUGAUAGUGCACAGCUAGUUAAUGUUGUGGGUAUUGCUGAGGUAGUAACAGAACCCAUACAACUAAUUGGUAGGAUACUUGAGGGAAUGCCUAAGCAGUCAGUAACACAUCUGAAGGGAGCUAUUUGUGAGAUGGUUUCUAACGCAGAUAAGCAUGGGAAGUUGCAGGCUUUGCAGGAAGCAUUGCAAAAAAGGUCUGAUCUUACACUGGAAACAUUACUCAAGUGUAACAGGAUCCUUCUGGAGAUCUUGGUAUCUCUAAAGACUGGCCUUCCUGAUUUCAUUCAAAGGUCUGGUGAUGUUUCCUCCACUGAUUUAGCUGAGAUUUUUCUAAAUUUGAAGUGCCGAAAUCUCAAUUGUCGAGCUAUCUUGCCUGUGGAUGAAUGUGACUGCAAAGUGUGUGUCCGGAAGAGUGGAUUCUGCAGCCAAUGCAUGUGUCUGGUGUGCUCCAAGUUUGAUUUGGCAUCAAAUACCUGCAGCUGGGUUGGUUGUGAUGUGUGCCUCCACUGGUGCCAUACAGAUUGUGCAUUGCGAGAUUGCUAUAUCAGGAAUGGACGAACUGCGGCUACAACACAAGGAAUGACUGAGAUGCAGUUUCACUGUGUGGCCUGUGAUCAUCCGUCAGAAAUGUUUGGUUUUGUGAAGGAAGUUUUCAAGACCUGUGCAAAGGAUUGGAAAUUGGAGACUCUUAGGAAAGAACUUCAGUAUGUUAGGCGGAUCUUCUCUGCCAGUAAUGAUGUGAGGGGUCUAAAGUUGCGAGAUGUAGCUGAUCAAAUGCUAGUGAAAUUGGAGAACAAACCCAAUCUGUUUGAAGUCAGAACUAUUAUCAUGGCAUUUUUUGUGGAGAGUGAAUCCAACAUCAGCAGUAAUUCUCCCAGUUUCCCUCCAAAGCAACCUUCGCUUAGUAAUGCAGAAGGAAGCAGUGAUGUAGCUUGUUUGAACAAAGAAAUACCAUGGCUUUCAUCUAUUCCAUCAGAUAAAGUUCCCCAGUUGGAAACUAAAGCUGUUCUUUCCAGUUUGGAUCGAAAUUUGCUAGGACGACAGACCAGCAAUGUUGUGCCACCAGUAAAUCUUGAGAAAAAGCCGGUUGUUGAUGAACUUGAGAGUGUAGUGAGAUUCAAACAAGAAGAAGCAAAGAUGUACCAGGAACGUGCUAACAAUGCAAAGAGAGAAGCUGAAGCACUCAAGCACAUCGCUGUGGCAAAGAAUUUGAAAAUUGAGGAAGAUUAUGCUAAUCGAAUUGCGAAACUACGAUUGGCAGAACUAGAGGAAAGGCGGAGACAAAAGUUUGAAGAAUUUCAGGCUCUCGAAAGAUCCAAGUGCGAGUAUUUCAAUAUGAAGACAAGAAUGGAAUCUGAUAUUAAAGAUUUGCUGUUGAAAAUGGAUGCGAUCAAACAAAAUUUUAACUGAUCUCCGCAGCGAUAUAAAAGUUGUAGAAGCAUUGUAUUCUUGUUUUCCGUUUGUCUUUGUUUAAUUUAGACAGUCAUGGCCUGACUAGCACCCUUGUAAAAUUUAGCUUGCUUAAUUCUGAGAUAGUAGAUGCUUUGUUGUUCUUGAA